ACCCGUUUUGGGGUUAUUUCUUUUCUCACCCACAGCCACAUGUAGUAACUGCCACUGGCAUUGGGGCCUGGGGGGUUUUGGGUCGGUCGCCAGAUCAUGGAGCUGGAUGCCGCCUUCAACAAGUACGACCGCUCAGGCUAUGGUGAGAUUGACAUGAAGGAUGUUGGCAAGGUUCUCCGCUGGAUGGGAUACACCGCUAGCUUCAAUGUUCAGCUGAUGCUCAUCAAGGAGGUGGACAUCGAUGAAUCGGGCACCCUGGACAUUGUGGAGGCUCGGAAGCUGGUGAGGAAGUUUCAAGAAAAGGAGCUUACUGCGUGGACGGCCACCUUCCACAGCGCCGUGAGCGCCACAAGCCGGAAGUAUCUGGAGGUGGAGACGUGCGUGCACACCUUGCGGAGCUUGGGCAUCAAGGCCACUGUGGAGCAAGUUGAAGAGAUCCGUCAAGAACUGGCUGUGCGCCUCCAGGUGAACAAGCAGCGGCGCUUCAGUACUAUUUUGCCUUCUCCGACAAUAGACCUUAUGCCCGCCAAGAGCGUGCUUUUGAAGCCCAGCCAGGAGGAGGCCGACGAGUCUUCCUCCAGCUUUGCUGAUGCCAGCAGCAGCUCAGAGGAGGAGAGCGAGCCGGAGGUGACAAUGAGUUCGCAGGCUUCCGGCCAUGAGUUCACUGAUAAGAUCGACCUGGCGGUGUUCCACCUCAUCUGCGCCAAGCUGGUGGCACAGGCAAAAGAAGCCAGCAGGGACAAUGCCGGGUACACAUUGGACGAAUGUCAACGCAUGCGAGAGACGUUCGCCAAAUACGACGUGAACAAGAGCGGCGACAUUGACAACUAUGAGAUGUCCAAGCUGGUGCAGGAUCUGUGCCCGGACCUGGCGACCAACAUGGCCAAGCGCGCGGAGAUCACGCGGAUUCUCUCGGAGGUGGCGCCCCCCAAGCACGGCUCCUUCGACUUCCCCGACUUCUUGAGGCUAAUGCGUCAGGUGGAUGACAUGCAGGAUCGCAUCCGCAUGGCAAAGGAGAGCUUUGCCAUAGAGAAGACCAACUUUUCCUCGCGGGAGGUGGAGGAGUUCCGGCGCCUCUUCCUUGGGGAGGAAGACAUGAACGGCUCCUUCCGCGGCAUGCUGAGGAUCGACGAGUUCCUGAGCCUCCUGGCCCCUGUGCUGGGCACCAGCCCGGCCAGGCAGGAGCUGACGCGAUUGUUCUUUGACAUCGACUCGCACAUGCAUCCGGACCACGCUCAGAAGGUAGUGGCGCCGAUGAGUCCCAAAGGCUCCCUGGGGGGUCACCAUUACAAAGCGCAGCCGGUGAACAAGCCCCGUAUCGCGCUGGAUUUUCCAGAGUUCCUGAUCCUCAUGCAUCUUGUCUUGGAGAAGAACGUGUGUCAGGUGAAGGAGCAUUGCAAGACGAUCCUCGAGUGCGGGAGACGGUUUUCGCACCGGCCAUCCAGGCUGCAUUGAUGCGGAGGAAAAGCGCAUGUGGAAUUCGCCUGAGAGGGCUUGUAGCCGGGCACGCUUUUUGCGUGUUGAUUGGAGGACUUGCAAGGUCAGCGCGUUGAUUGGACCCAUGAGUCUAGG